ACGCACUCAAUCUAUUUUCCAAUUUCGAUACCAUUUUCCCAGUUACUUUCCUCACCUAACCCUGCUACUACUUUUCAUACAUAUAAAUAAUCAUAAUUUUGUCCAUUCUUCCAACUCCAGCCACAACCAGUGGCAUAGCCCAGAGUUUUAACGUACUGUGCCUGCAUUCAAACAUACCCAGUUUCAUUUUUUAUUCUUAAAUCCAAUGUCUGAGGUUUGGAAGUAUUGAGUGGAAGAAUUUGAUGUUGGGGUGAUGGAUCUGGCAAAAAGCAAAGGUAGUGGUGAAGUUUUGGAUCAUGUUGAUGAAAGGGUGGGUGAGGAUUUGAACCAAUUGGUUGAAGGAAAUGCAAUUGAUGCAGGAGGUGGACAUAGGUUGGAUGAAAGAGUUAGUGUAAGUGGGGAAGAUGAGACUACAGACCAGAUGUGUAAUGGUCUUGGUUUGAAUGUGGAGCUAAAGGAGGGGCUGCAAGAAGUUAAUGAUCAGAACCUGGUUGGACCUCAAGAAAUUAAUGAUACAUUACAUGGGGUUGAUCAAGGAACCAGUUAUAGUUCAAGAAAUUUGGUUAGUGGGGAAGUACCUGAGACUUGUGUUGUAAUAGAUCCUUCCGCACAGAUUGAUUGUGUCAGUGGAGAAAAUAGGAAAUUGGAAGCAAAACCUAAUGAUUCAGGCUUGAGCAAGGUGUCCAAGAAAGUGACAAAAGGGGUGUCUGACAUAGAUAAAAAUUCAUGUGUGAUUGAUAUAAACCGUGGCAGCUGCGACGGUUUUAGUGAAAAUCUGGAAGGUGAAUUGAUUUGUAGGAUUUGCCAUCUGGCCUCUGGGCAACCAUUAGAAGCAGAAGCUGUUGGCACUGUAAGUAGUGCUACAACUACGAAUACAGAUUUGAUUCAGCUUGGUUGUGCUUGUAAAGAUGAAUUAGGCAUUGCUCACAGUCAUUGUGCUGAGGCAUGGUUCAAGAUUAAAGGAAACAGUUGGUUAUUGCAUGUAGCUCGUUGCCGUUUCACUUUUCGCUGGUUACAUCGCUAACUGGAGAACCAAUAUCAUCCUUUUGCACCCUGACACAUGGAGUUUUUAGUAGUAAUUGACUUCGACGAAGGGUGAGUUGGGCAAAUGCAUCCACAGACACUCAGUUGGUUUUCCUUCUGAGGUAUUAGCUAAUAGCUUGGCUUCUGUUGGUUGCGAGCUGAGGUUAAUUGACAUCCAAAUUCCAAAUAAUGGCACCAGGUCUUAGUUUGGUAUAGUUGCAUAUUUUUCAUGUUGAUGCCUAGUAAAGAAAAAAUGCUUUUGUCUCCAUGAAGUUUCUUUGAAUCCUAUGUUUCUCUUUUCAGCUUAUAUGUGCGGAAUGAACUUGGAAAAAAGAAGUUUAUACUUCCAUCUCCUAUAAAAGAAUAAUAUAUAGCAAUGUACCUCCUAAUCCUUUCUGUUUUCUUCCAUGGUUCCACCCCUUCCUAUAGAAAGAAAGAAAAAAUUGUAUUCAUAGAAGAUUGUUUGCCAGAAAGAUUGUCUUUCGUCUGUAACGAUUUCCAUGAUGAUUCAGAAUGUGGCCAUAUUUCACAUUUAAAAUAAUUGCUAUUGGUUCUUAGAGAAGAAACUCUGGUGGUAUGGUGCCAAUGUGACUUUCACCAAUUUCACUAAUUAGUGACCUGUCCCCUUAUAAACCCUUCUCUUGCUUGCUUUCCUUUAGUUACGGCAUCAAUUUGUAAUCUAUGUAUUUUUAUGGAUCCACACCAAAUUAGUGAAAAACUCAAGAUAAUCUUUUGGUGCUGUUGCAAGUAUAAUGGUGAACCCAAGAGGCCAUAGUGCAAGACUGAUUGGUGGAACCUAGAUUAUUUUGGUGUUCUUUUUUUGGGUCGAGGGUGGGGAAGGUUCUGUCGUUGCAUAUUAAUGAGUCUAAUCUAACAAAUAAUAUGAGAAGCUCUCUCCACUUGCCUUCUAUCUAGAGCUUUGUCAAAGUCGCAGUUACUAUUUCAAAAUUGUUUACAUCAAAAUUCAAAUUAUGAAAUGAUUGUUCAGAUGUAUGCUCAAUUCAAAUUUUUGCGGUUCUCGUUUCAACUGCUCCUGUUGAAGAACGGUCCGAAAAUACCAUUGGUUUGGGUAACAUAACUCAAAUAUGUGUUUGAAAUCACUCAUGCAUGUACCUCUGUCCUUUUAAGACCCUUCAGAAUUUGAAAGCCAUUGGGCCCUUACUCAUCAGAGUCAAGUUGGGUGAACCAAUGGGGUUGGGUGGGGGAACCUAUAUCAGUAAUUGUUUUUCCCAUUCACAUCUUAAUAUACUUGCAGCUUAUUCUUUUUUUAAGUCUGAAUAUCUUUGUUGCUUAUAGAACUGAGACAGAAGAGUUUACGCGUGCUUUUUGCAAACGUUUACAUUUUUUUAUCUGAAAAUUGCAAACAUUUACAUGGUUAUAAGAAUGUUAUCACCGAUCAUGGUAGAUCUUGUUUAAAAUGCAAACUAGUACCGAGGUUCCUGAGGUUCCUAUUGUUCUAUGUUAGUUCCUUCACGAUCUUUAAUAACCUUUCGU